GGGAGGUACUAAAAUUAGAGGAGCCCACGCUGGUUACAAGUCGCUUCUUGUAGCUUCCUUCGGACAUUUUCAAAUAGUCCUUUACGCCGAUAACACGCCCGUGUUUUCGCGACGUCUCGUUGUCAGUCGCGACUCGGCGCCGUGAUUCUGCCUUCGAUUCGAUCGGCUUUUACGAGUGACUUCCCCAACAGAGAGAGAUACGGUUGCCUCCUUGGAACCAAUUCAACGUCCAAGUGCCUCCAGUUUAUUCCAACUGGCAACAGACUUUCAAUAAUUCCUCCUUACCCUUCUAUUUUUAUUAUUCACAAUUAUCCGUUCGUCGAUGGGACACGACGAAAAAUUGACCGUACAUCAACCGAUUAUUCCAUCGAUAUCGAUCACCCUAAAACUCGUUCGUUUCAAGUGCCAUUGAAUAAUUUCACGUCCUCGAGUGGUGGUUUCCUUUGGUCGAUUCGAUCGUGCGGUUUUUCAUCAAGAUCGUUCGCGGACAGACAAUUUCAAGAUGAUAAUGUAUAAUCCUGUCUUCGAUAACAAACCGAUCCUGCAUCGUUGUCGAUUUCUUUAUCAAUGAGCUUCUUUCCGCGACUGACGCGAAAGAUUCUUUCCAUUAUCAAGAGCUUCGCGAGUGUCGAAUAUCGGUAUGUAUUUCGAUCGAUCUGUUAUCGAGCCAACGAUCCGCGCGCGUUUCUUCCUGGCCUUCUUGAUGCUUCUGUCGAGCAACAUCGAGUCAGCGGAAGGAAAUAUUUGUCGAUAUUUGCAGGGAGAAAAUGCGUGUGCACCAACAAGGUAUGCAAGGAAGCCGGAUUGGAUACGUGCAAGACGAGAUUCUCUUGUUACACGGAAUUGAUCCUGAAUGGGAAUCAGGAAUUUGGAAAGAACGCGACGAAAGGAUGCACAGAGGGUGCCACGCCAUUGUUGUGCGAGACAAAGUCCUGGGUCACGAGGUCGAAGCAAACGGACAACGUGGAUCGAUCGUCGACCGGCUGGAUCCGUAUGCCCUGGCAUAGAUUGAAGUGUUGCGACAGCCAUGACUACUGUAACGCCGAUCACCACGUGAACGUGUCCACGUGGAUCGACGACGAGGAGGGGCAGUUUACCGUGGAGCCCACCUUAGACCAUGCCGAUACUCUUAACGGAAUGUCGUCGAUUCAGUCCGAUCAAGAACCGAUCGCUGGAGGCCGGAAAUCAUCGGAUCAUUUUCUUCAGAGCCGAGUGAAACCUCUUCACGUGGCUGCGGUGGUAUUGGCGAUCGCUGCUCUGAUAUCGGUCCUAGCCGCUUGCUACGUUAUCACAAGGUUCCUGAAAACGAAUCCUUAUACCAUUACCAGCAUGGAAUAAUGGAGAUUCUUGUUCGAAGAUCGUCGAGAUUAAUACUCGAGGACUUUUCAUUUUCUUCCAUUCUCGGGCAACUUAAAUCAGGGUGAUGGACGUACGGUGGCCCGCUGGAUCCCAGGAAACGUGGGAUGCUACCGAUUUCAAGAGUCAUCGAAUGACGAAGCUCAACGAGGGACACUUUCGUGCAAACACCAACUCGUUGAAACCUUUUGUUUCGAACGACGUGACUAACGUCGGGCCCGGUGUCCGUUGUUCGAAUUCCGUCCAUUCGGUAAAGCGGCUCUGAAACCAGGUGCUUCGUUCGUUUUCAUGCAAUUAGUCAUCCUUGUCAGGGUGGAAGCGAAUAACUAUGGGAGUCGAAGGGACUACGUGUGAAUCGUGCUUGGACGCUAUCGAGGAGUCUCGUGCUGGACGUGAAGCGCGCGACAGGAAGUGAAAAUGUUGGACGAGAGAAGGAGGCGAGAAGAUUCGAUGCGACCGGACAGGAGAAUAAUAUCGACAACGUGGCCGCUUCUGGCAGAAGCGUGUUUUAUUUGGCAAAGAGUUAGCGAGCUGCACUUACCAGGGUUCGCUAUGGACCAGAUUGUCCUCGGCGGCAUGCCGAAGAUUCGGAAGAGGGCAACGAUGCAUUACUCCGGGUAAGAAAUAAGCAAAAAUAGGAGCAGCGCCGUGGCGCCAACGAGUUAAUAGUUAAUUGGCUAAUGCCCGUCUAAAAAUAAACCGAGUACCGUCGACUUUUGCGAUGGUUACGCUCCAAGUAUCGAACCAGACGUGCUUAGACCCCCUGAAAAGGAACACUCGGAACGGGGAUUAUGAUUCUCCGUUUGAUACAUACGCGUUAAACUUCAAGGAAACGAUCGUUUUCCGUAAAACUUAUGCCAUCUGGAUGGAUGUAACAAAGAGACCAACGCGAACGAUGGAAGAUUAUGUUGUCUGCGAGAGAAAUACGCGGAGGAGACUCUUUCCAAGGAAACCACUUGAAGCAGAGAAUUAACGGAGCGAAUUUAAUAAGCGUCUCGUCUCUUUUGCGUUGCGACAACUGGUUGGUCCCAGGUGGUGAUUUCUCUUCGUCGACGAUCGAUCCGGCUUGGGACGAAAAUAAGAGAUCUAUCGAGAAGCGAAAAGGGUCAUCGGGAAGAUCCUCGUAUGCAUAAUGCGACCGCCGAUCGAAAGGGAAGCCGAUUAGUGGACAAAGACCGACGAUUUAUCGCCUUUCAUCGCUUCUUUUCGUAAAUGAUUUUCAAUUGAACUCUAAUAUUUUUUAUUUUUUAUCCAAAGAUCGUUCGAUAAAUUUCAACAGAUAUAUGUAAGUUGUAUCAAUAAAUAAUGUUAGGUGAAUGUGUAAGUUAUGUUAAUAAAGCCUGUUGGAUCUGUAUUCGUAAAA